UUUAGUGUUAUUUGGUGAACAGGGAAUAAAAGAUCUACAGUGUGGAAAUAAUGGAACAAACAAUCAUAGCUGUUGUUUGAUGGAAGAGGAAGAAUCGGAGUGACAGAGCGGCUGGAGAUGCGAAGAGACGGAAACAGCCACACACACACACACACACACACACACACACACAGUCGAAUUUGCACCCAGAUCAGGAAGUAAGCCUUAGCUUUAACAGUGUGUGUGUCAGUUUUCUGCUUGUUCACUUGAUUAUGUGUGAGUGUGUGUGAGUGUGUGUAUGUGUGAGUGUGAGUGAGUGUGUGGUAGUGUGUGUGCGUGUGUGUAAGUGUGUGUGUAUGUGUUAGACAAGCUGCUUAUUAUUAGUUGUACAGGGAUGACACUCUCGCCGCAUCAACUUCAAUAGGACACUUAUGGACUCCAUCCUCCUCCUGCUGCAUCAUGGGAUCCAGACUCAAAGAAAACCCAGAAAGAACGUUCUACUGGUUCUUCCAAGCCUCAUGUCCAAUCGCCAGAGACAAAGAUCCGGGGGUGCUGUUCCAGUUCCCAGAAGACUUCAGUGAUGAGGAGUGUAUACAGUCACUUCCUCGUUUUUGCUUCCCGUAUGACAUAGAGAGGGUGAAGGAAGGCGUGGCCGUGCAGCACUUUACCUUCGUACUAACAGAUCUGGAGGGAUGCCAACGCUUCGGCUUCUGCAGACUCACCUCCAGCUCCCAGACCUGCCUCUGCAUCCUCAGUUAUCUGCCCUGGUUCGAGGUCUUUUAUAAACUGUUGAAUAAUCUGGCGGAUUAUCUGACGAAAGGCCAGACUAAAGAAAUGCAGGAUCUGCUGACGGUGCUUUAUAAUCACCCUGUUCCAACAGCUAACGGCUCCGUCACGCUACAGCUGGGAGAACAGCUACAGAUUGGCAGUGAGGUGCCGUCCAGCUGUGGCCACACCCACUCCUCAAAGAGGGUGGGGUCAGGGAUACCUUACUUUAUAGCUCCAGAUCCCAAAGCUCUUCCAUCCAUACCAGAAAGUAGGAACCUGACGGAGCUGGUUGUAGCUGUAGACGUGGGGAACAUGCUGCAGCUGUACGCUAGCAUGCUGUUCGAGAGGCGGAUCCUGAUCUGCUGCAGUAAACUCAGCACGCUGACGGCGUGUGUUCACGCGUGCAGUGGGAUGCUGUAUCCAAUGUACUGGCAACACAUCUUCAUACCAGUCCUGCCCCCUCACCUACUGGACUACUGCUGCGCCCCAAUGCCUUACCUCAUCGGAGUUCAUUCCAGUCUAAUAGAGAGAGUGAGGAGUCGGGCUCUGGAGGACGUGGUGAUUCUGAAUGUGGACACCAACACUAUGGAGUCUCCUCACGAUGACCUGAAGAAGCUCCCAUCAGACGUGGUCACAGCUCUGAAGGUGAGGUUGAAGCGGCAGGCCUCGUCUCCGGGUGCGGGCGUGGCCCGGGCGUUUCUCAGAGCUCAGGCUCUGCUGUUCGGAAGCUACAGAGAUGCUCUGGUUUACUCUACUGGUGGACCCGUGUCCUUCAGUGAUGAUUUGUUUCUCACCCAUAAAUCCCACAGUACGAGGCAGUUCCUGGAGAGCUCCAUACACCUGCAGUUCCUCAAACAGUUUAUAGACGGGCGUCUGGAGAUGCUGAACCAGGGGAAGGAACCGGACGACCUGUUUGAGGAGGAGAUCCUGCAGUGCGGAGCUUCCUCAGGUGGCUCCAAAUCGUAUCAGCAGUGGGUGGGGAACCUGAAGAAAGGAGGAGGAGCUCUGCUGCUGACGGUGAAAUCCAAAGCUCAGAUGUGCAAAACUGCCACAUAUCAGAGCAAGAUCGGCCUGAAGAACCUCAUCUCGUCUAAGGAUCAGAAGGACUCUCGCUCUCUGCAGAGGGGCGGGUCUGUAUGCGGCACACACACCGUCCGCCUCAUCCAAUCAGACUGCCUUCAGAACCGUCUACCAAUCACACAGCACUUUGGCAAGUCUCGGCCGCGGAGGCCUGGCCGCAAAAACACCCUCCCCCAGACUGACGAUCCACUCCAAGAUAACAUCAGCUACGGAGAGGAGAGUCAAAUAGAGUCGUGCUCCAGUGCUGGAGACCUCCAGGAUGAGCCUGAGCUCUCACUCCUGCCCGACCCGGAGGAGAUGGACCUUCUCGGGGAAAUCUUCGACACCCUGAGCGCCCAGAGCUCCAGAGAGCCAGGGCUGCUGUACGGAACCCGUAGCCUGGACUUGUUCAACUCGGACUGCUCCGACUUCAUCACCAGAAGGAGCUUGACCACGCCCAGCCAGGAGAGCUUGAACCUUUCUCUCGGUAACAGCGGCAGCCUGAUGAGCUGGGAGGAGGGUCUUGAGGAGAGGCAAGGCAAUGAGGGGGAGGAGCCUGAUCCUGAGGCGGGUGCUGACCAAUCCGAGAAAGAGAGGUUGGGCAAGAGGCAAUCAUUGGAGGAGGCGUCUGUUGAUCUCGGAGGGUUGGUGGAGGAUCUCACUGACUUACGCGAAGACCUUAAAGACGAACUUGGGGACCUUCAGACCUCAGCACCAGAGCAAGAUGGAAAGUGGGCGGAGCAAAUCAGGAAGGAGGAUGGUUCUGAAGAAAAUCAAAGACAAAACCACGAGAAACAACAUGACAACGAGGAGGUUUCAAACAAUGAGACUCCAAAGGUAGAAGAACUGGAUGCAACUGGGGACUGUUUAGAACCGCAAAAAAAGGAACAAGAAGACAAUAAGGAUGUUUUAGAAUCCCAGAAAGAACAAGAAGCCAAUGAGAUCUCUUUAGAACCACAAAAGGAACAAGAAGACAAUCAGAUAUCUUUAGAACCGCAAAAUGAACAAGAAACCUCCAAGCCAUCUGUAAAAUCCCAACCCAAAGUGGACAUUACCAUCAACGAACCAACUCAAAACAAGGACGAGGACAACCACAACGACGGACCAUCGAGUCCAAGUGUUCUAUCCACAGUUGCUCUGUUCCAGUCCAAGACACCUCAGAGCAGGAUUUCUCCAGAAACCAUCAAACCCGGCUUCGGUCUAAAAGGCUCGGACGCUUCCCAGGCUGGGAAGACCUCCCCAAGAGGCCCCAGGAAAAUCCAGGCUUCUUCCAACAGGAUCAUCAUCAUUCCCAAAGGUGACGACCACGCAGUCAAAUCUCCAGCUGACACACCGACUGAAGAUCAAGACCUGCCCCCAGUGAAGGUGUCAGAAUUGAAAAAGAGGUUUGAACAAUGAUGAUGGCACCCAACUGAACUAAAUGAACAGACUUGAAGAUUUAAAUUGGACUGGAUCAUGUCCACAUACUUUGUACCUGUUACCUGUUUGGGCCUUUUAUCUUAAGCCCUUUCCGGAUGGGAUUCUCAGUUUCUCAGGGUGACACAUGUAAAAAACUUCUGCAUCCUGACUGCAAUUGACUGCCAAAAAAACAGGAGGACCAGUGAGUUUUUCUUGGCUUUCUCGGUCACAUGACAUUGCAGCGUUCAGUUGCUCCUCCAUUUCCACUCUCUGUUGUAGUUUUUAACGUGGAUCUCAAAAGUGUAAUUACGGUGCGCGGCAGUGGACAAAUAAAAAAAAACUACUUUUUUUAAACGUGAGGUAACAAAACUCAGUACAGUAGGUAAAAAACAGUAGGUAAUUCAGCCUGUAAUUUUCUCAGAGGCGUACAUGAUAGUUCUGGACAGGAAUAAAAGCCACCCAUAAAAGAGAACAUUAUCCCAGACCCCCCUGAGAAACGAAUCCCGUCCAGACAGGACUUAACAGAACCACAUUCUGUAUACGAUUCUAUAGGUGCACUUCUGACCAUUAUAGACUGUAGUGGUCAACCGACGUGUCCUUCCAGAGGUUGACGAGGUGUUCUAAAACAGAAGAAGCCCUACAACCCCGCAAAUCACGCUAUAGGCUGCUUCCAGUCUGGGAUUACUGAGGGAACAUGGUCUGAAUCUUCUGAAUUGUGCAUCAAGAGAUGGGCUACAGGCCAGAAUGUGUUUUGACUGUGUUCUGACCUGACUGAAUCAGAUAUUGACCUUCCUAAAAGCGUCCCACUCUUAAUGGGUCACUUAUUACAUGGAGUUGUAGGUGAUUCUCACAAUAAUCCCACUGUUUAGGAGCAUCAGAGUCUUCCAAGCCGCUGGACCUGCACUGACCGGUCUUCCUGCUUUUUUUGUUAGUUUUCACAAGAAACUUUUUUCUAUACAUUAAAGUUUUUCACUAAA